GUUGACAGUUACGUGAAAAAUUUGGAGGUCUCUUGAAGGUUCUGUCAGCCAGGCAAACCAGCCAACCAGGACGAUCAUGGAGUCGGGUGAGAUCAGAAAGCGGUUCGGCCGGUGCCCUUACUGCCGCGCCAUGGUCUACCAGGACCCCGAGGUGGUCAUCUACUACUGCAGCAAAUGCCGCACUCCGAUCAGAGGCAAGAACCCGGUGCCGACGGAAGAAACCGGCGAUGCGCUCAGUAGGCUGGAGAUCCUCUCGGCGGACACCGCGUCGGUGUUCUCCGACGAGCUCGACGCUUGCCGGACUCAGGCUUCGGUUCUCGACGUCCACGGCGACCGGUCUCCGUUGUUCAGCAGCUCCACGUCUUGUUCCGGCUUAACCGCGAACAGCCGCGACGGUGCCCGCGUUUACUCGAACGAGCAAGACGAGCGCCGGCCGCUGUCUCGGCGGACGAGGCGCGCGGCGUGCUCUGACUCGUUCGUUCUCCGUUGCGGCGUGUUCAUGUCAACGCAUUCGGAGACGAAGGAGGGGUUCUCCUCUCCAAGAAACGCGUGCGGACGGCAGCGCCGGCGAUCUUUCGUGGGCUUACAGGAGCUCGAGGCUUCUAUGAGUUCUAUCAGCUGGUCCAGACAGGUGCCGUCGUCCCGUGUCGGGCCGUCGCCGCUGACGGACCCGGCGUUCCAAAGGGACCUGCUCAGCACGCUUGACAGCCUCCGCGGCCUGAUCGCCGCCAUCGAGCCGGCGUCAAUCGGCGCGAGAGCGGCGGCGGCGCGCCGCGGCGCCCGCUUCUUCCGCCGGCUGGAGUCCCAUCUCGCGCGGGCGCUGCCUGGCCAGGAGCACGCCCCGCGCCGGAACGCGGGCGGCAGCACUGGCUCGUCGCGGUCGUCUUCGGCAUCGUCCACCGGCGCGCGCAGCGGACGGCGGAAGCAGCACCACUGCCGCCCGGUCAUGGGCGGCGCGCCGUUCCUGGUCUGCGGCAGCUGCUCCGAGCUGCUGCAGGUGCCGGCGACGACGCUGGUGUCACGGAGAAAGGUCGCCAGGCUGCGGUGCGGCGGCUGCGAGGAGGUGCUCGAGCUGGCGGCGUCCGGGGGCGUUGCUGGGCCGGCACCGCGCCAGACGACUCCGACGUCGUCCGCGCUGCCGGAGUCCGACGACCCAGGCAGUUGGAACAGUAGCGUGCGCGGUGGUGGUGCGCAGCCGCUGCCGCUGCACCGCGCGUUGGGGUACAGUUCACCGAGCCCGCUUCUGCAGAGCCGGCGCUGCUGA